ACACGGUAUCGGAAACGGUAAAAACUCCCUGGCUACUUGGGGCAAAUUUUUUUAUUUAAUUCUUUUUAAUAACAAGUAGGUGCAUAGGCAUCUUGAAAAAAGCUUCUGUGGGGUCUCAGUCAAGGAGGCCUUAUAUUGUAAACUCCGCAGCCGUUGAGCGCUAUACAUCUAACGAGGCUUUGUAAACAUGUACACAGAGAGCCAAAGGACCCAGAGAACCAGCACGAGAUUGGAUUCAGAGUGUUUUCUUUUGUAAUUGAUAAUUGUAAGCAGUGGGUUGCCUUUUACGCUAGACACUGAGUGUUUGAUGCAGUACAAACCUCUGAAGGCAAUAGCUAAGACUUUUCAGUGUGUAUAGACUACAGAAAUGAAGGCCAAGAAGAAGAAGAGACAGGAUGACUUCCAGAAGGUCAAAUUAAAGGUGGGAAAGACGAAGCCUAAAGCUGAUAAUGCCACCAACACCAACUUCCGCUCAAGGGGAAUCCAUCUAUCCGAGCAGCUGAAGAGGGACACAAGCGGCCCGACCACACACAGACAGCUUGGUAUCAAUGACCUCCUGUCUCAGCUCCACCAUUACAAUGCCAGUGUGAAACAUAGUGCCUUGUUGGGUUUGAGAGAGUUGCUGUCCCUUAACCCCUCGCUGUUAGAGCAGCAUCUCUCUCGUUUGCUUUCUGAAGUGGCAGCUGUUUUCACAGACAAGGAUGGCAACGUUCGUGUGGCAGCUACACGCGUCCUCAAGUUCAUUGCACAGUCUGUGCCUGCAGAACGAGUGGCUCCAUUUUUCCCCCUCCUCUGUGCCCACCUGUCCUGUGCCAUGACCCACAUUGAAACAGGCAUCCAGGAGGAUGCCAUGAAGGUCCUUGAUGUGUUGCUAGAGCACUACCCUGCUCUGCUAGCAGCACGGCCUGCAGUGCUCCUCACUAACUUCCUGGAGUUGAUCUCUCACAGACAAAGCAGCACAGGAGCCAAAAAGGCCCAGGAUGCUAAGGGUCGGACCUGGGCACUGUCUGUCAACCCGGGCAGGGUCGUGACUAGUCAGCAGUGGCGGCUCUCUGUGCUCCUAAGGCUUGGACGCUUUCUGCAGGCUGUAGUCGAGGAAAGACCAGUAGAGGAAGGUGAUAUUUUUGUCCCAGCUGAAGGAGUGUUUGGCUCCAGGGGAGAGGGCAAGGUUACGCCUUUGAAUAUCAGCUGGGAAGAGCUCACCUACAACAAGACCGGAAUUAAGCUGUAUGAAAAUUCUGGGGCCAAACCAAGUCCGCGGUCCACUUUUAGACUCCGACCAGAGGUGGACCCCAGACCUGCAUUGGGUGAGGGUCUGGACUCAGCUGAGGCUGUUCAGAGCUUUGCAGCCACACUUGUGCCUCUUCUGCUAGAAGUGUGGAUAGAAGCCAGUGCCAGUGAUUCUCCUUGGAACAGCACUGAUAGUGCUCACCUGCUCACUCCUGAUGCCAUGUCAGUAAUGUUCCAGGUGUUGUCUAUUCUGCAGCUGCUGAGGAAACUGGCACCGCAGCAGGAUCACCGGGAUGCACUGGAUGCAUGGUUCCAUAAAGAAUACCUUGGAGAUUUCAAGCAGCACUUCAUGAAAAACUUUCCCUAUGGUGCUCUGGACACGCCUAAACAUAAAAAGAAGGUUGAUCUCAAAAGGAGUAAGCAGACUGCAGCUGUCCCAGGACUGACAGUGGAGCCUCUGGCCCUGAAUAUCACACUUUGUCAGGUCAUGGUGUCCCUCAGCCAGAGGCAAGGACUCAGCAGAGAAAUGGAUGGAGACUGGCUGAUGCCUCUGAGGGCGUUUGUCCGGGAUGCUCUGGGCAGCGGAGUGAAGCUGAGCUACAGGCAGCUCCACAUGCUGCUGGGUACUGUGUGGAAGAUGGUGCUCACACAGAGGAGCAAAACAGUGACAGAGGACCUGUUGGCAGCAGUUUAUAUCUACUAUAAGCAGAGGAACCUGACUCUCCAGGCAAGAUCUCGGCUGUUGUCUUUCUACAGCAAGCUCUACCUGCAGGAGCAAGGACACACACACAUAGCGAGGAGCAAGGUGCUGUGUCGUUGGUUGGCAUCUCUUCCUGGGCAGUUGUCCCAGCUGGGCCACCGUAACCCUGCUCUCUCUGCACAACUCAUCCUGUCCAUCCAGGCUGCCGCUUCUCGAGGACACAAAGAGCUGCUCACCAGUCUGCAGACAUACGCCUGCAGACUCUACGAUCCAGAGGAAGGAGUUGUGGUGCUCCUACCAGCAGAGUCCCAGCAACGAAUGGUGCAGCUGCUCUACUUUUUACCCAAGAUGCCUCAGUCUCUCCUGGCCAGUCUGAGCUGCUGCUGCACUGCUGGACGGAUCUCUGCCAGCCUCGCUGCCUCCCUCAUUCGUAUUGUGUACUUUAGGUCAUCUCUGAGUGGCUGGUCAGUUGGGAGACAGAAACCAGCUCUGCAGGAUGUGGACUACAUCAGCUUCCUGUUCUCCACCCUGACAGGCUACUCAUCCAAAAGGCUCGCCUUUCUGCAGGAGGCUGGCGAUGACAGUGUCCUGCCUCCCUCCCCUCUCUCACCGCUCAGCCUGUGCCCCACCUCACUGGAGCAGUUCACACACCACUGGGAUGUUGUUGAGGAAGUCUGCCACUGUCUGGAAACUCUGGGUUCAAAGUCUCAGUGCUUUGACAUCCUACAAAGUGGCAUCUGCAAAUAUCUGACCAAAUUAGGUGUGGUGCCUGACAGUAUGGCGGCUGCGCUGCUCAGAGCUGUAUCCAGAUUACUGGACCUGUCCGUCCUGCCCGUUGAGUCCGUCUUGCGCUUCUUGUCUCAGUGCUGCCUCAGCCUGCUGGCUCUGCUCAUCACCCUGCAGCCAGAGUUACCUGCCGAAACCAACCACAAAAGGAAGGCCAUAUGGGGUGCUUGUGUGUCAGCGUUGAGCACUGUUCCUCGCCUGCUGCGAAUGGUUCUGCAGUUGUUGCGUGUUGGAGAUCUGAAUGAGGAGGAGCUGCCCCAGCUCGGACAGAUCGUGUCGAUGCUGCUGCAGCACACGCCGCUCCACAAUCAGCUGCUGGCCAAUGCUGCUCUGCUGCAAGAGAUCAUACAACACCUCACGAGGUAUUCCCGCGGUGCGACCAGGGAGCAGUGGUUGACAGACCUGCUCUACUGUUACAGCGUCACAGUGGCUCACGGCUCUUCCGCUCGACGUGGAAGCCUGGGCCUUCGAGACAUUUACUGACCGACACUCCCACCAGACGGACCUGCUGUGUUCACCGCUUCACCCUCUCAAACAUCUUACCGCUACUUCAGUGUUUGGUUUGUAGUGAUGAGUACAUACAACAAAAAUUCCAGACAGUAAUACAGCGGAGAAAUGUUUUUAUUUUAUUGUGAGUGACAAUGAAAACUCCACAGUCUUGUUUAAGAACUCGAGUGUUUUUCCUGUAUCUUAAGCUGCCUCUUCACUGCUUCAUUUGUAGUGUGGUAAUUGUUUGUUGGAGUAUUGUUGUAGACUUUUGAUUUAAAAAAAAACAAACAAAAAAGAAAAAAAGGCAAAAUAAAGUUAAGUCCAAGU